AUGGAUUUCCGAGAUGCUUCGCGUAUGAGCGAUGCAGAUGAGUCUAUCCUAGCCGAGCCGUACCGACCGUUUUACAAGAUAUUUGGAGGCCAGCCCAUCUUAGUUAAACAAAACAAUGACUACGAUCGAGUAGCCUUCAGAGAGAGGCCAUGGAUGGGUGUGCUGCUGUUCGAUAACGUGUCUUCGGAUGCAAGGGAUCAUGCUGCGAACGAACGAACUUUCCUGUCAUGGCUGAAGCUUAGUGUGUACAUGGCCAUCGUGUCUGUUGCCAUCGUCAUGUCGUUCCAUCUCAAGUCGGAGCCCACUCCACUUGAAAAACGUUUCGCGUUGCCACUGGGAAUCGUCUUCUGGCUUCUUUCGAUAGCGUGCAUGUUGUCUGGGUUGUCGAACUACAUCAACACGGUCUCCCGGUACAGCACGCGGCGGGCGCUCGUGCAGACAGGUUGGAAGACGCAGGUCGUGUUCACCGUGGUGUCAAGUGCGAUCGUUGCGACGUGCAUACUGUUUCUCUCUACGAAUGCAGAGAAGUAA